UCUGCUGGAGAGUCAUUCGGCUGUCGGGGCAUGCUGGGAGCUGUAGUUCCCCUACCGCUGGAGAGUCCUUCGGCUGUGGGGGCAUGCUGGGAGCUGUAGUUCCCCUAGCGCUGGAGAUUCCUUCGGCUGUCAGGGCAUGCUGAGAGCUGUAGUUUCCCCACUGCUGGAGAGUCAUUUGGCUGUUGGGCAUGCUGAGAGCUGUAGUUUCACCUCCACAGGCUUCAUGACCACUGAUGUAUACAGCCCCUUGUGGCCGCCUCCUGCAGUGCAUUGUGGGUCGACGUCCUCGCUUCUGAUCUGCGGUCACUUUAUAAAAAUGACAUAAAAGCCACAUCCUGUAACAACAGCUGAAAACAGCGACUCAUCGGAGCAGCAUCUCACAUGCAAGUCUAAGGUGUCCGCCCUUGUAAAAAUUCCGCAAUUGCGGAAGUGCGGGUCCGUAUUUCUGGAGCCGGGCCGCACAUCGUACGCCCCUAUAGAAAUGAAUGGGUCCGCAAUUCCGUUACGCAAAAUGCGAAACGAAAUUGCGGACGGGGCCUUAAAGGGAUGCUCCUUUUUUCGCAGUAACACGGUGUCAUUUAGAGAAGAAGCGCCAUAAAAUUCAGACACCUACGGUUUCCGCGGUCAUACGUGUCAGGCUUUCCAUACCGCGGUAUAUGUAGAAUGGUGGUGGCGGAGAGCCAUUGUGCAGACCGGCGAUGUGGUGCCGGCAGUGAAGGGGUUACAGGGGCUGAAGAGGAAGUAAAUAUUGUACAAGGAGAAAUGUGCUGCACAUGUACACAUCGCCUGCGGUUUUAUGGCCACUUCCCGCAGCAGAGUCACGUCAAGCAGAAGCAGCCGAGCAGAGACGGCCCCGAGACCCUCCGGAGGGACAGGAGCAUGGAGUUCCUGCAGAGACAUCUCCCCCGCGUGUACCAGGCCGUGCAGAGUGCGCUGGAUUAUAUCACCAAUGUGACGGCGCAGAUUUUCGGAGCGCCGCCCAACGCGCCUCAGCCCAGAAAUGCCCAGGCCAAGGCCCCUCUGAGGUCUGAGGACGCCGCCGCCCUAGGGGAGACGCGCCCGUCACAGGGUGCAGAUCACAUGACAUUAGCGCCAGAUCUAUUGUUAGAGGAUGCUGCUCUGGAGGCCACGGAGGAGAGUAUGAAGAUAUACGGGAUCCAGCAAGGUGUUGAGAUCCAAGCCCAGGAGACAAGGGUUAGACAUCGGAAGGAAAAUGUAGACAGAGAAGUUCUUGAACUUCAUCAUACAGUCAGCGAUGGAAAAUAUAUCUUCAGUCAUCAACAAGUAUCAAUAGAGGAGCACAAAGAUCAAGACCGCAACCAAGUCAUCACAGAUGAUCUGAAAUCAACAAAACCAGAAGAAAUAGACAAAAUUUCUUGUAGAGUUAUAAGGAAAGUCCUUCACACUGAAAACCAGACAAUCAUUAAUGAAGAGAUACAGAAGGUAAGCCAAGAAGCAAUGCUGCGUGAAGUACCUACAGAGAUCAAGAAUGAAGAGAAAUCUUCCACUUUGAGGCAUGACAAUUUGUUGAAGGACCUAGAACCAAAGUUGUGUCAAGAAAAUGAAGUUCCACCUACCAGAAGAAGUGAUUUGAAUUCUGAAAUUGAAGAAAAUUCCUGCAGUACAGGUGAGACAAUUGUUUCUCCAAGCCUAGAGAAGACAGUAAUUGUUCAAGAAGUCUCAGAAGGAGCUUCGAUAUGUCAUGCAACAGUAACAUCACAGGAAGUUGACCAGGAGCCAACAGACUGUGUUCCAGCCCCACCAGUCAUAGUGGAAUACGAUGACUUGGAUAUACCAGAUAUCAAACAACAGCAUAAGAAGUUGGUCACACCAAUCAGUGCAGCAGACAGGUCUCCUUGUGAUCAAGGAGAAGAAUCCAGAAAAACAUGGGAACAUCUGCAGGAGACGGCUGUUCGUCUAGCCAUGCACUGCAAUUUACCUCAAGAUGAUGAUCAGGAGUUUGAGACAUUACAAUCUGAAGAAAUCACAAAAGCCUGUAUUGUAAAUGAAAUGCAUUCAAGUAGACCCGAUGAGCAAGAGGAUAAUCAGGAACUACUAGAAGUGACAAAGGUGGUCAAAGAACUUAGCUCGGAAGAGACAGCACAAUUGGAGGUUGGCGUUUUUUCCCUAUCAGAAGAAAAUGAUGAACAUCUAAAAGAUCAAAAAGUUGUUAAGACGAGAAGAGUUCACUUCUCCCCUAGCACAGAAGAACGUGAUCAGAUGUUUAGUAUUACAUCAGAAGAUACAGUUUGUAUAAAGAUUGAUCUUAUAGAAGAAGGAGCACUGGAACCAUCCACUGAACACCCAGGUCACCCAUCAAACUCAUACCCAAGACCAGAACUAAAUGAUAAAGAAAAUGAUCUUGGAUUCAUAUGCAGCACCAAAAAUACUGAGCCAUUAAUGAUAGAUCCAACCACUCUGGAGGAUCAGGUGAAUCCACUGCACAUGGGACACACUGUAUGGUAUGAUGAGCUUGAAAUGACUACAGAUAAAGAGAUGUUUGAAUCCAUAGGAGACAUGUCCUACCACAGCGUGACUUUAGGUUUACAACCAGAGGAAACCAUGACUGCAAUCCCAGAUAAGAAGUUGCCAAAGGAACUUUCCAAAGAUGUUCCUUCUGUUGAAGAGAUGCAAGACAGUGAACAGGGACAAACCGAGAACCCAAUGGCCACUCUACAUGAUAUCACAACACAUUUAGGAGCAGACUGUGAAGUGGAGUAUCAUCAUGGAGAAAAUCCAUGGAGUUUUAACAAAGUUGCUGGUUCUUUAGAGAAAAGUUCUGGGGUUGUAUCAGAGCAUUCAAGCCAAAAAGGAUCAUAUUUUGCAGAUCAUGAAGUGACACCAAUAAGUCUGGACGUUUUAAGUCAGUCAAGUGAAGCAAUAAGGGUGGCUCUCUUGAUAAGUGAGGAUAUAGAGUUACCAAAAGAACAGGCCCAUGGAGAGGGUGUCAGUGAAAAUACUGAUAGUAAGGAGAAACAGCUUGGACUACAGCACCACCUAUCAAUGGAGGAAGCUGAAGACACAACCAAGGGUGAAUUAACAUCAAUGACUGAUGAAUUAAGUAUACAAAGCAGAGUUAGCAGACUACUAGAUGAACACCAUAGACCAAGUGAGAGCAAAGCUCUAGUCUAUAUACCAGGUGACGGAUACAGUCAGAUAUCUGUCCAAGAGUGUGACACAUCCAAAAGUGAGCAAUUACAAGGCGACCUCAUCAGUACUGAAUCAGUGAGAUGUCUCUCAACAGACCCAGCAAAUAUUGACAAAGUCCAUACUGCAGAACAUCUAGCAAAAGCAGAAGACAAUGAAGAAUCUGUAGGCAGAAACAUUCCAAUGAGGAAUGGGACUCAAAAAGAAGACUUGGCUGGGAAGGAAUCUGAAGAUGUAGACGUUGCAAAAGAAGUGAAGCAUAUAAGCAAGCAAAUAGAAGAGCAUGUGAGUGUUAAGGAGGAACAUCUGCUAGAAGAAAUUAAGGAUUACACAUGGUAUAGACAAGAUAGUUAUCAAAACGAUGGCCUUGUUACAUACAGUGAUAGCAAUGAGGAUCCAGGUUCUCAAAAAGAUCAGACUCCUACAGAUAAUACAGAAGAAUUGUCUGAGCAGUUACUCUACAAGGAUUAUGAAAGUGAAGUAAUGUCUAAAGAUGGAGAGGCAAGACAAACCAAUUCGCAAGUGAGUGGCACAGAUGAAGACUCAACUAAAGUCAAUUAUCUGUAUAUUCUAUCUGAAGCCGAACCUACAAACACGGGUCUCUCUGCUUAUCCAAAAGAUGCCAUUGAAUCAGAAGAUGCGUUAGAAGGUUUCUGUACACAUCCAGAGACAGGAUUUGACCUUUUAUCAGAAAUCCACUCUGUGAUCAAUAAAAGUCCAUUAGAGCAGGACUUUUCUGAAGUGAUGGAGAGAUCAGAGAUUACUUAUAGUGCAAGCUCAGGUAGAAACAUAGAAAUGGAAUCUACAGAAUCUUUAGAGUCAGGCUUCCAGACUGAUAAAGCUAUUGAAGAUUUAGAUUUCCAGUGUAUGCACAUACCAGGUCACCCAAUUGACACAAUCUCAGAAGACCUGACAAAAGAAAAUCAAACUUCUGUUACACCAGGUGAAGCAUUGGGAGAUCAGUCUCUAGAUAGUGUCAAGAAUCUGGAGAUUUCAUUGAACAUUCUUGCCGUAGACCAGGUUGAAACAAUCUUGGAUCAAAAGUUCACAGUGGACAGCAUCUGUAAACCACAAGAUGGUAGUGAUCUCUUGUCUGACUUUAAUUCUGUGAUGUCAGUGGAUCUUCCAGCAAAAGUGUUGGAAAUUGUGUCUACUAUGAAUGUAGGUAACUCAGAUAAAGGUAUGGAAGAUGAUGUUCAUUUUAAUGAAGAAACCAAUGCAGGGAUCUUAAAGAAAAUUACUGUAGAAGAAUGCAGUUCUCGCCUCCAUCUUUCAGAAGGACUUGAAUCACUAAUAGAACCUACUCAGAGGUUUCAGGAAGAACAUUAUUCUUCUGUUGGAAUUGCUGUCAAUGAGGCAGAGACAGAAGUUUUUGACAUUGGUUUGGUCAUCAGCAGUACCUCAGUAGAGACCUCAGAAGAUGGUUUUGCAGGAGAAGAUAACUCUUCUGUUACUCUACAUGAGAUAUCAAGUGUACAUUUAGGAGAUCAACCUGUAGAUCCUAUCAAGGAGCUGAAGAUUCCAUUAAGCACUGGAUCUCCUGCUGAAGACAACAUUGAAGUACUUGUUGGAUCCAUCUUGGGUUCAUAUUCUGAGGCACUAGAAGGAGGUGCUGAUAUCUUACCUAGUGUUGACCCCUCAGCAGAAGACACUGUUUCUACUAUGAAUGUAGAGGAAAUAGAUGAGGGUCAUUCCAAUGAUGAAGCGAUUGUAGGUAUCUUGUCAGAGACAGUCUGUGUAGAAGACCCUGAGGAAUAUUACCCCAAGGUGUGUCUUUCAGAAGAACUUGAAUCCAACACAGAGCAUGAGUAUACAUUUGAAGAACAUCGUUAUUCUUCCAAUGUUGUCAUUGAGACUGAGGUAGAAGCUGGUUACAUCAAUAAUGACUUCAAAAUGACUGAAACUGAUCCUUCACUAGAAACUCACAAUAAUCUUAUUCAAGACUAUAUACUGGAGAAGCUCUCACAAAGUAAAACAGAAAGUCAAUCGUCCAAAACUCUAGAUCAUGCAUCUACAAGGCAAUUUGAAGAUCUUAAAGUUAACAAGUCUGUUGUUCCUUUGGAAAAUGUAACCCUUGUUGAAGAUAUUGAUUUAGUUUUAAGAUUCACCUCAGCAGUUCAAGAUAAGGGUGAUCUCUUAUCAGACAUUAAUUCUGUCAAGGUAAAUAGUCACCCAACAGAAGUCAUUAGGACUGUCUCGACUUGUGAAGAAAACAUAUUGGACCUAAGUAAAGCAAGAGAGAUACAUCAUGAAUCCGCUGUUCAAGCUGAUAUCCUUUCAGAUACUGUCCCAGAUGAACAGGAGAAGAUCCAUAAUAAUGUCUCUGAAGAAAUUGUAUCCAGUCUUCAGCCCAGCCAAAAACUUGAGGAAAAUCAACACAAUUCUUCAUCUCAAGUCUCAAGUGAAGAAUCAUGCAUUGGUUUUGACAUUAUCAGUACUUCAGAAGGAAAUGGCAAAGUUCUACUUGAAGAUCAAGAGGACAAAGAAAUGGAUCCUUCAGCAGAAACUCACUGUAGUCUUAUCACAGACCACACAGUGGAGAUGAUAUCGGAAAGUAAAGAAGAAGAAAGUCAACCAUCAGAAAAGCUAGAUGAUGCAUCUAGAAGAGAAUUUGGAGAGCUUAAAGUCAAUGAGCCUGUGAUUCCUUUGGAGAUGGAAUAUCAUGUUGAAGAUAUUGAUGUCAUUUUUGGAUCCACCUCAAAACUUUCUCAGGGUGAGGAUGAUCUAUCUGCUAAGAUGACAGAUCACAGAACAGAAGUCAUUAGCCUUGUCACUACUACUGUUGAAGAAGACAUAUCAGAUACAAUUAAAGUAUGUGAAGUAAUAGAUGAAUCAGCUGUUCGAGUAGAUAUCCUUCCAGAUACUGCUAUUUCAGAUGAUCAGGAGAAGAUCACUUAUAAUGUCUUAGCUAUUUCUUCUUCAGAAGAACUUGGAUCCAGUCUUGAACCUAGCCAAAAACUGGGGGAAUAUGAACACAGUCCUUCAUUUCCAGUUUCCAGAGAAGAAUCUCUCACUGGUUCAGACAUUGUCAAUAGUGUAGAAGAAAAUGUACCUGUUCUACUAGAAGAUCAAAAACACAAAGACAUGGAUCUUUUAUAUGAAAUCCAUUCUGGAAUUACUUUAGAUUACUUAGUAGGAUUCACAACAAGUACGUCUACUGUCAAGGUUAUUGCAUCGGAUGAAGCUGCUGAGUCAGAAAAGGAAGGUUCUGAGGAAACCACUCAAGAAUUAGCUUGUUCAAAACUUAGUGAGGAACCAGAGAAGAAGCUUAAUGAACAAGAUUACUCAACAGUUUCGACCACUGGCACCCAUCCUACAGAAGACAUCACUGGUUCUGAGAACAAUAAAUCCUUAGAAACAACUGAUUAUUUUGGGUCAUCAGGCUUGGAAAUCCAGCUACUUCCAAGUAUGGAUCAUACUAAGCAAACAGGAAUGGAAGGGGAAGGUAAGGAAAAUAUUUAUAAUGAAGAAGCCUUGUGUUUGGGUCAAAAAAAGCCUGUAAUCACAAUCCACACCGAAGAACCUCUACAAUUAACAGAGCCACCAACCCAUAUAGAAAAAAGCGAAGACCAAGAGAGAUCUGUAGUGGAUCAGAAAGGAUCAUUGAUGGAACCAAGUGUAGAAGAAGAAGACGACAUUGACAACAAUCUGCUCCCUCAUAACACAUUGGACAUCAGUGCCCAGAAGAGUCGUGUCCAGUUACGUAGAAAAACCUCUAUUCGCCGUAAACAGGGGCAGCGCCAAGUUACACCUGACAGUGAACUCGUUGAACCACCACAGCCAGUCAGCAGGCCUCGGCCGAUGGGAGUAGCCAUAUUUCCAGGAGACUUGCCGGUAUUUCCAGUGGCUUCUGCCAUGACAUCUGUUGCAUCACAUCCUCCAGAAGAACCCAAGGAAGCGAAGCCUGCAGAGGAGGAGUUCCUUAUAAAACCCAAGAAGGGGAUACCAAAGCAUGCUGGGUUUGGGAUCCCACAUCCUCAGAUGAUGCAGGAGUUACAGGCGCGCCUGAAGAAGAAGAAGCCAAAUAAGUGACCAGAGGGGGGGAUCCUGGUUAAUGCACAUAAUGUAUUGUAAAUACAAAAAAUUAAUAAAGAUUGUCUAUAAAAUGUA